ACGCCACGCGGGGCCGGAGCUCCCAGCCGCCGCAGCGCCUCGGAAUCUCUAGCCACCUCUGCGUCCCCACCGACCCCUAAGCCACUGCUGGGACCGGAGCCCCUGCCGCCCCACCCCGGAUUCCUCCCGCGCCUCACCCCGGAGCCCUCCGCGCCCCACCCCGGCUUCCUCCCGCGCCCCUCCCCAUCCCCGCCCCCAUCCCGGCCUCUGCCCCCUACCCCCCACGCGUGUCGCUGCCAUGGCGGCUGUGCGGGGGGUGCCCCUGCUCGGCCUCCUCCUGGCGCUGCUGGCGCUGUGCCCUGGGGGGCGCCCGCAGACGGUGCUGACGGACGACGAGAUCGAGGAGUUCCUCGAGGGCUUCCUGUCUGAGCUGGAGCUCGAGCCCCGGGAGGACGACUUGGAGCCCCCUCCGCCCCCUGAGCCCACCCCGCGCGACCGCAAAGCCCAGGCCGGGGGCAAGCCGGGGGCGCGCCUAGGGGUGGCCGGAGAGGCACCUCCAGAAAAGGCCAAAGACAAGGGGAAGAAAGGGAAGAAGGACAAAGGCCCCAAGGCGACCAAGAAGCUGCCAGAGGGGUCCCCCAGGCCACCCAAGAAGCCCAAGGAAAAGCCGCCCAAGGCCACUAAGAAGCCCAAGGAAAAGCCACCCAAGGCCACUAAGAAGCCCAAGGAAAAGCCACCCAAGGCCACCAAGAAGCCCAAGGAGAAGCCCCCCAAGGCCACUAAGAGGCCCCCAGCUGGGAAGAGGCCUCCCACUGCAGCCCCCUCAGGAGCCCCGUGGUGGCCACUGCCCCCACCCCUGAGCCCCGGCCCCAAGGAACUGCCGCAGGAGGAAGGUGGGGCCCUCCCGAGUCCCUGGCAGGGGCCAAGAGGUGAGGCCCAUGCGGAGCGCCAGCCUGAGCCAGAGGAGGAGACCGAGCCGCCCACGCUGGACUACAACGACCAGAUCGAGAGGGAAGACUACGAGGACUUUGAGUACAUCCGGCGCCAGAAGCCGCCCAGACCGCCCCCCAGCAGGAGGAGGCCCGAGAGGCCCUGGCCUGAGCACCCCGAGGAGAAGACCAAGCCCCGGGGGCAGGGGGUGGCGGCCCCAGAGGAGAAGGAAAGGACCGAGCCGCCUUUGAAGCCCCUGCCGCCCCUGCCGCCCCCCGACUACGGGGGUGGCUACGUGAUCCCCGACUACGACAGCAUGGACUAUUACUUCCGGCCGCCCAAACCCCAGAAGCCGGACGCUGGGCUGGAGACCGAUGAAGAGAAGGAGGAGCUGAAGAAACCCAAAAAGGAGGGCGGCAGCCCCAAGGAGGAGGAGACGGAGGACAGAUGGACGCUGGAGAAGGGCAAAGACCACAAAGGGCCCCGGAAGGGCGAGGAGACAGAGUGGGCUCCAGCCGAGAAAAUCAAGUGCCCCCCCAUUGGGAUGGAGUCGCACCGCAUCGAGGACAACCAGAUCCGGGCCUCCUCCAUGCUGCGCCACGGCCUGGGCGCCCAGCGCGGCCGGCUCAACAUGCAGGCCGGCGCCGUCGAGGACGACUACUACGACGGGGCCUGGUGCGCUGAGGACGAGGCGCAGAGCCAGUGGAUCGAGGUGGACACCAGGAGGACCACCAGGUUCACGGGCGUCAUCACCCAGGGCCGCGACUCCAGCGUCCAUGACGACUUCGUGACCUCCUUCUUCGUGGGCUUCAGCAACGACAGCCAGACGUGGACGAUGUACACCAAUGGCUACGAGGAAAUGACCUUCCACGGGAACGUAGACAAGGACACGCCGGUGCUGAGCGAGCUGCCGGAGCCGGUGGUAGCCCGCUUCAUCCGCUUGUACCCCCUCACCUGGAAUGGCAGCCAGUGCAUGCGCCUGGAGGUGCUGGGCUGCCCCGUGUCCCCCGUCCACAGCUACUACACCCAGAACGAGGUGGUCACCACCGACAACCUGGACUUCCGGCACCACAGCUACAAGGACAUGCGCCAGCUGAUGAAGGUGGUAAACGAGGAGUGCCCCACCAUCACCCGCACGUACAGCCUGGGGAAGAGCUCCCGGGGGCUGAAGAUCUACGCCAUGGAGAUCUCCGACAACCCUGGGGAUCAUGAGCUGGGGGAGCCGGAGUUCCGCUAUACAGCUGGGAUCCAUGGUAACGAGGUCCUGGGCCGAGAGCUGCUGCUGCUGCUCAUGCAGUACCUGUGCCGCGAGUACCGCAACGGGAACCCCCGUGUGCGCAGCCUGGUGCAUGACACACGCAUCCACCUGGUGCCCUCACUGAACCCCGAUGGCUACGAGGUGGCAGCACAGAUGGGCUCGGAGUUUGGGAACUGGGCCCUGGGGCUGUGGACCGAGGAGGGCUUCGACAUCUACGAGGACUUCCCAGAUCUCAACUCGGUGCUCUGGGGAGCUGAGGAGAGGAAAUGGGUCCCUUACCGGGUCCCCAACAACAACCUGCCCAUCCCCGAACGCUACCUCUCCCCGGACGCCACGGUAUCCACAGAGGUCCGGGCCAUCAUCGCCUGGAUGGAGAAGUACCCGUUCGUGCUGGGGGCGAACCUCAACGGCGGCGAGCGGCUUGUGUCCUACCCCUACGACAUGGCACGCACGCCCAACCAGGAGCAGCUGCUGGCCGCCGCCCUGGCGGCCGCCCGCGGGGAGGAUGAGGACGAAGUGUCUGAGGCCCAGGAGACCCCGGACCACGCCAUCUUCCGCUGGCUGGCCAUCUCCUUUGCCUCCACCCACCUUACCAUGACUGAGCCCUACCGGGGAGGGUGCCAGGCUCAGGACCACACCGGGGGCAUGGGCAUCGUCAACGGGGCCAAAUGGAACCCCAGAUCCGGGACCAUCAACGACUUCAGCUACCUGCACACCAACUGCCUGGAGCUGUCCAUCUACCUGGGCUGCGACAAGUUCCCGCACGAGAGCGAGCUUCCCCGAGAAUGGGAGAACAACAAGGAGGCCCUGCUCACCUUCAUGGAGCAGGUUCACCGGGGCAUCAAGGGGGUUGUGACAGAUGAACAAGGCAUCCCUAUUGCCAAUGCCACCAUCUCCGUGAGUGGCGUCAACCACGGUGUGAAGACAGCCAGUGGCGGCGAUUACUGGCGCAUCCUGAACCCGGGGGAGUACCGGGUCACAGCCCAGGCGGAAGGCUACACGCCAAGCGCCAAGACCUGCAACGUGGAUUAUGACAUCGGGGCCACCCAGUGCAACUUCAUCCUGGCCCGCUCCAACUGGAAACGCAUCCGCGAGAUCUUGGCCAUGAACGGGAACCGGCCCAUCCCACGCAUAGACCCUUCACGCCCCAUGACGCCCCAGCAGCGGCGCCUGCAGCAGCGGCGCCUGCAGUAUCGGCUGCGCAUGCGCGAACAGAUGCGGCUCCGCCGCCUCAACGCCACUGCGGAGCCAGCCACCACCUCCGCGGAAACAGCCACCACCUCCACGCUGUCCCCCAUGUUGCUUCCCGCUCCCUCCCUUGCCCCCUCCCCUGCCCCCUCCCCUACCCCCAGCUCCACCCUGGAGCCCUGGCACUUUCUACCUGAGACCACAGCCAACUGGGAGGAGUCUGAGACGGAGACCUACACAGAAGUGGUGACAGAGUUUGGGACCGAGCUGGGGCCCGAGGAGGAGGAAGGGGAAGAGGAAGAGGUGGCCACAGGCCUGGAGUUUCCCUUUACCACAGUCGAGACCUACACAGUGAACUUUGGGGACUUCUGAGAACAGCCCUGAGAAUGCCAGGCCCGUGCCAGGGGCCAUGUCGCUGGGCCAGCCCGGCAGCCAUCCGCAGCUAAGGCCCCUGGUGUGGGUGUGAGUGUCACCGACACCUGAGAGCCAGGGUUGGCCCAGCUGCCGACCUCAGAGAGGACAUACGCUGCUGCCGGGGCGGGGGGGCCGGCGCAGCGAGCCCAAGGGAGACUUCUCCACCUGCCCAAGCCACAAUAAACCAGCUCACGGCACACGUGUCACUGA